AUGGCCUCGAAUAAGAUACGUUCAAAAAAUGACACAUGGACUUCAGAAGAGUUGCGAAUGGCACUGAAGGAAGAAGAUGCAGCUGGAAGGAUACAUUACCACGAAAAAUUAUCUUCCAGGAAAAAAAUAAAAGACACUGACGUGGAAAAUAAAGGGAACAAAAAAAAACAAGAUAUAGCCAGCAGACGGAAACAAUUACGAGAAGAGGAAGAGGAAGAAGCUAGACAAUUGAAAGAAGCCAGGAAGGCCAAAAGAGCAGAACAGAAUGCGAAAUCUCACAUACUCACAGAUGAGGAAGAGCGAAGACAAAAAAGGCAGAGAGCAAAAGAAAAGGCUCUAGAGGAAAAUGCCGAAGAACGAAGACAAAGAAGGCAUGAAAGAAAAUUAAAGGAAGGGAACUUAAUAGACGAUAAGGAUGAAGAAGAACACAGACGAAGAAGACAUGAAAAGAAACUGAAAGAAGCAAAUCAAAUAGAAGACAAAGAGGAACAAAGGCAAAAAAGGCAUGAAAGAAAAAGCAAAGAUGACAAACUUAUUGAUGAUCACGAUGAGGAAGCACGUAGACAAAGAAGGCGAGAACAAAAAACAAAGGAAGACAGUCUACUUGAUGAAGAGAAACACAGACAAAGAAAGCAAGAACAGAAAACAAAAAGUAAUGCUCCUAACAAAGAUGAUGAAGAACGUAGGCAAAGACACCAUGAAAGAAAAAGGGAAGAUAAAGACACUGAGGGAGAUGUUGAGGAGCGUAGACGACAAAGGCGUGAAAGAAAAUUGAAGGAAAAAAACCAGGAAGAUGAAUACUGGUUAUUUUUGAUUGUUCAGGAUGAGAAUGAGCGAAGACGAAGACAACAUGAAAAGCGACAAAAAGAUGGAAAUGUUGCAGAUAAUUAUGAGGAAGAACGAAGACGAAGAAGGUAUGAAAGGAAAUUGAAGGAAGGAAAAAUAGCAGAGGAGGAUGAAGGAGAUCAUAAACAAAGAAGACAAAGAACAUUGAAAGAAGCCAACAUUGCAGAUGAUGAAGAAGAACACAGACAGAGGAAACAAGAACGAAAAAAAAAAGAAAAGAACCGGGAAUAUGGGGAUGUAGAAGAAAGGCAUCACAAAAAGGAACAACAACACAAAAAAGAAUCAGACAAGACAAUGCAUCAAAGUCAUAAAAUCAAGUCAGCAGGAGACAAAAACAUUGACAAUUUAAAGAAAAUAAAGAAGAGUAAACAUGAAGGGACAGAUUAUGAAAAUGACAAGAAAAGAGAAAAAUUGGCAAAAGGCGACAUAAAGCCAACACAAUUCACAGACAAUUUGGAAGCAGGAGUGAAUGACAAAUCCAGGGAUGAAGAAUCAACCAUUCAAGAUGAAUAUAACUAUGAUGAUGAUGAUUUUGAAGAUUACUCAGAGGAUUUUGAUGAUGACAGCUCAUCAGAAAAUACCAGCGACCAGAAAAAUGCUUGUCAUGAAGAUAUCAAGAACAUGGAACAUUCAUAUUUAAGUUCGGUUGACAGCAACAGAUGGGAUAGUGCUCGUGUUUCUUCUGCUGAGAAGUCUUUGUCAUCUGUGAAUGAAAGGCUUUCUCAUCAAGUAAUGGACUUUUCCCAUGCUAAGAUGCAAAAAAUGACCCAGAAGAGCAGAAGCAAAUUAAGGAGUAGAUGGGAUGAUCUAUGCAGUCUCAUUGCACUUGAUGUGGCUGUAGGACAAGAAAUUUUUGAAUUGGCCCCUAUCAGUGAAUAUGAACUAUACAUACGCAAUUUUGGAAAUGCUAAUUCUAAUCAGGUUUAUGUCCAAACUGGUGAUGACAAUAUUGACAGAGACAUUCAAACUGAAGAAAUAGAAUGUCUAGAUAAGUGGACACAACAUCCACCAAAUGGAGCAGCAGCUUGUGGAGGUAACAAUAUUCAGAACUUCAACCAAACUGAUUUUGCUGCCAAAUCUCAACUGCAUGACUCAGCAAGAUUAAACAAAUUUCUACUUGAAGCUGCACAGGUGAUGUCAAUAUUGUUGGAAGAAAAUCUCUCUUCUGAUACCCACAAUCUGACACAUGAAAAGUCUUCACAGUUGCCUUUCAGCAAGAGUUUUUUCACACUAUCAUCCUGUCCCCUCUUUCAAGAGCAUACAAUUGACUGCUGCUGUUUUGCAAAUUCAACACAUACAGAUAUUUUACUUACUGUCCAUAACCCUUCAGUGGUCACAAUAAAAGGGGAAAAUGGAAAGACAUCAUCAUCGUCAGGCAGCUACAUUGCACUCUGGGAUCUUCGGACACCAUCAAGACCUUAUAAGAUUUUGUUUUCUGAUUCAGCAAUUAGUUGUUGUUUUGGAUCUCUUAAAUCACAACUUGUGUUGGCUGGUUGUGUGGAUGGUGCAAUUGUUGUGUGGGAUCUCCGAGAAUCUGAAUCAUUGCACAAAUGUGUUAAUUUGGAUGACAUAGAGUAUUGUAUACGUUAUCCUGCAUACAAUACAGCUGGUGUUCUGUCUUUUAACUCUCACAGCAGCAUUAUCCAAACAAUUUGUGACAUUCCAUUACAAGUAGGAAGAGAAACAGAAACAUUAGUUCAAAAAGAAAGCUUCAAUACAGGAUUUUCAUGUCAGUUGCUCAGUAUGGAUCAGUCAGGUCUAGUUAAUUUAUGGGUCAUAGUUGAAUUGUCCUCUGGAGAUACAUCUGGUUCUACAGUGGAUCUUGGACUGUCCCCAGGAUCUCAAAUUAAAUUGGAGCACACAUCAUCCAUCAAUGUCCAUGCUGCAGUACGAGACUCAUUAUUUCCAACUUCUAUCAGCACCCAACAGCUGUGUCUUCUGCCCAAAGAUCCAAACCAGAUAUACAUUUCAACAGACACGGGUCAUGUAAUACAUAGUGUUCGACUUGGUUCCCAACCUUAUCCCAGAGUCCACAGUCCAAGAAAAGUGACUCUAUCGAGUGUGUUGAGCCAUGUUCUCAGUCUAGAUUUCUCACCCUUCAUGGCACCUUGUUUUUUGACAGGACACUCUGAUGGAAGUGUGAAUCUAUACCACACCAGUCUUGAAUGUCCUGUAGUGACAUGGUUACCUUCUCAGACUGGAUCCCAAAGUAUUGUGAGUGUCCGUUGGUCACACAGCCGCCCAACUGUCUUUUAUGCUUUGAGCGACCGAUCUACAGUUUUUGUAUAUGACUUACUGGAACAGGACAACAAUGCUAUCUGCACACAAACUUAUGAAGACAGGCUUACUUCCUUUAAUGUAAUCUGCAACUCUAAUGCCACUAACAGUACAGAAGAAAGAAAAUCCACAGAAAAAAUGGUUUUAUGUUUUGCUAAUGGUCGAAUUGAAGUGCACACCAUUUCCGAGGUCUUCUCUGAACGUCAGACUCUGGAGGUGGAAUUUCUGGAAAAUUAUUUGCACAGAAUGUAA